AUGCGUACCUCAUUCUCUGUCGCUGCUGUCCUUGUUGGCACCGCAGUUGCGGCCCCCGUCAUUCCUUUCGUCACUACGACUGCGGUAAUACCACUGCAAGAUGAUGCUGCCGGCUCAUUGAGCGCAGCCACAGAAGUUAGCCGACGACAAAGCGCUAAUCAAGCCUGCUUCGUCGUCGGCAGCACAACGCUACCCCAGGAAGUCGCCGACGUCGCCGCCAAUCUAGCCUCAACUGUCACAUGCAGCAAGUCCGCCAAGACCAUCUCAGGUGUACCAGAUGUUACAUCUGGAUCGACGACCUUCUCGUCCAUCGACUUUAGCCAGUCUAAGCAGACCGGACUCCAGUUCGCGCUGUCGCAGUUCGCAACAGCUGAACCUCUUGCCAGCACGGAUCUGCAGAAAUUCCAGGACAUGCUUAACGUAUACCAGGCUACUGAGGCUGGUAUCCGUAGCGUCGGCGGAUCUUUAGCUAUUAAAGUUCCGAAAUUCUUCCUCGAGAUGCAGGUGUCGCGAAUCCAGACCGCUCAAGGCAACCCCCCGACUGCUGCUGGGCUCCAGGUCGACCACCUCCGUGACAAGGUCCUGAAAAACGCACCUAAGGAGGCCUCAAACCUGCUAAACCAGGUCAAGCAACUCGCGACCCAGCUGAACUAG